CUUUGUGCGCCCUGACCUCAUGACAGAGGAACGGCAGGCGGAGUACAUCGGAGGGAAGUACGGGCCGUGGGGACUGGCCAGGGUGUGGCAUGACACUGCCAUCCCGUUCGCUCAAGUGCUGGCGGAGUUUGAGCAGUGGCUGGAGCAGCACAACCUGCUGGAUCACAGUAGCAACACUUCCACCACCACCUGGAGUGCGGAGGAUGCUGUGGAAGCGGGUAGAACGGAGGAGGAGGAGCGUGAUGGUGCUGCAGCAUCAGCAUCAGCAUCAGCAGCGGCAGCAGCAGCAGCACAAGCGCUGGGCCAUGGGCCGGGGUUACGGUCGGCGAUAGUGGUGACAUGUGGCAACUGGGAUGUGAAGAGCAAGAUAGUGGAGCAGUGCCGUGACAGCCAGGUGCCGCUGCCCACCUACUUCCUGCAGUGGACCAACCUCAAGGACGUGUAUCUCAACUUCUACAAGCGCAAGGCAUCGGGCAUGAUGCCAAUGAUGAAGGGGCUGCAGAUGGCGCCCCUGGGCACGCACCACGUGGGGCUGGACGACGCACUCAACAUCACGCGGGUGCUGCAGCGCAUGCUCUCCCACGGCGCCCUCAUCCGUGCCUCCGCUCGCCGUGUUGGCCCGGGACCCUCCGAUGUGGAGUAUGCGUUCAAGAGGAGAGUCAAGUGA